AUGCUGCCACCCAGCACCCAGAUCCACAAGGGACCUGGCCAAGUUGUUGUCAAGCUCGCUGACGGGAAACCACGCCGCGUAUCGCGGCGCGAAGUGUCGUUGCCGUACACGUUUGACGGCUUUCGCAGUAACGACAAUUUCUUGGUGAAUGAAAUAAAUUGUUCAUUCGAUUGCAUCCUGGGCAUGCCAUGGUUGGCACGCUAUAAGCCCCAGAUCGACUGGUUAGCCAGAUCAGUGAGACGUCGAAGCAAGUUCGAAGUCAGCGAAGUGUUCACCCAUCUCUUGGUGUCUCCAAGUGAUUGGCCGAACGUUACAGUCGUGGUAUGUACAUCCACGACACCGGCGGUACACAGAGUGAGCGAUGGCCCUCUCUGUGCCGCUUGUUCCGUGCCCCUACGCACGAGUGAUGAUGUCUCCUCGCUUUGCAGCGAGGAGUCCGACGUGGACGAGCAGUGGCUCCUGCGUUUUGACGACGUGGACGAGCAGUGGCUCCCGCGUUUUGACGACGCGGACGAGCAGUGGCUCACGCGCGACGACGACGCGGUCGAGCAGUGGCUCCCGCGCGACGACGACGCGGUCGAACAGCGGUUCCUGCACGAGAGAGCAGUGGUCGAACACGAACAAGUGUUCCCACCUGCACCCCUUGUGGUCGAGCAGAGGCUCCCACAAGGGCAAGAUGUGGCCGAGCAGGGGCUCGCCACCGAGUGUGACGCAGAUGGACAAAAGUUCCCACGUGCGAACAUGAUGGUCGAACAGGGGUUCUCAUCGUCGCCUACUGUGGUCGAACAAAGUUUCCCACAUGAGCAAGACGUGGUCGAGCAGGGGCUCCCACACGAGUUUGUGGCGGUAGAGCAGGGGCUCCCGCAUCCUGCGUCGACGGACGAGUAUGGACUACUCCCGUCACGCGAUUUCGACGUCCUGGAUGAUGACAUCCACGUCUAG